AUGUUUCAGCUAAUAUACGGAAGGGCUAUCUGCUUCUCAUUCAGAAUUGCACUUCGUGGCAGAGAGUGCAAGCAUAUUUUCAAGAGAGAAUUAAAAGAUCCUGGAACAGUCUUGGGAGAAGUGCGGUGUCUUGAAGCAAAUGAAAUCAAAAAUUCCUGGAAAGUUGAUAACUCACAAACACAUCAAGUUCCUCUUCAAGACCUUCGCAGCCUAGAUGCAAAACCUGACUUGAAAACUUAUGGAUUCACUUAUGUGACCGAGAGGCACAUUGCAGGACCUGAAGAUGUGGAAGAACUUUCGGACGAAUAUAUAUCCGCAUUGGAAGAUGAUUCUGUGGAACUAGUGAAAGAUCUGUAA